AUGGCCUCCAACGACAAAACUUUUCCCGACCCAAUCAUCUGCUCCGCCCAGAUCCUCCUACCACAGAUUCCUCCUCGCCGGAAACAUCGAAAUCCCGGCAUUGCCAUCGCUUUCCGUCUCAGAAGUUCACGCAACAAAAAACACUCUGCAGGUGACAGCACUUCCCCUGUCAAAUUUUGGAAAGGUUCUCAGAAAAACGAGAUUUCAGCAAGGAGGCUCGCUGCAGAGUGGUGGCAGUGGCAGUUCAUGGGCGGUGACGUGUUCCCAUGUGCACCAUCGUUACCUUCGUCUAGGUAUCAGGCAGCACAAUUGAAUCUGAAGACACGUGACAUUCCCUGGGCAUGCCUUGAUGAUUAUCAGCUUAUGCUUACUCAGUAUUUCAUCGGUUAUGGUCUUAUUUAUUUUAUUUUACCAUUUGAUAUGGUCAAACGUUUUAUCUUCAACAUGGCAAUAUACUCAAAGAGUAGUAGCUCUGAUAAGAUUAGUACCCUGGAAUCUGUCGAGCUUGCUAACGGGAAGCCCAGGUUUCAUCAUUAUCAAAAUUCUGGAGAAAAACUUAAAGAGAGAAAAGAUGAGAAAAUGAAGUCAAUAACCAUUUUGCGUUCAAGAAAUGGACUUCGACGAGAGCUUGAAUCUUCAAUACAAUGUCUCAAAUGUUCAAAAGAAGAGGCAACAAAAUCGAACCCUGCCCUUAAAGAUGAAAAAUCCAACAAGUUUAAGCAUCUUGAAGCCAAAGAAAUUGCUGGCCACCAUUACUUUGGCAUCACUAAUUUGCUAGAACUCCUACGCUCUCAGAGGGCCAUCAAUGAACUUAAAGCUGCACAGAAGUCCUCUAAGAAAAUAGUGGAACAACUGUCGCAGAAUGUUGAAGACAAAAGAGUCUUCCGCAAAUGUAGAGAAUGCAAGAACACUGAAACAGUGUUAGAUGACUUAAAAGACAAGUUGUCAAGGGAAAAAAGAAGUAGAGAAAGGAUUGAGUUGUUCAAUGCCAAAUUGGUACAUGAACUGGCUAAAACCAAGAUAUAUUCCCAGCAGUGCAUGACAAACUACAGCAAAGAAAAGAAAAAAAGAAAAAUGUUAGAGGAAGUGUGUAAUGAAUUAGCCAUGCAAGUGAGGGAAGACACGGCUAAGCUUGAGGAAUUGCUAAGCGAUUCCGUGAAGAUUUGCAAGGAAGUGGAAGAAGAGAGGGAGAUGAUGGAAAUGGCUGAGCUAUGGCGAGAAGAACGUGUACAAAUGAAGCUAGCCGAUGCACAGAUUUUACUUGAAGAUAAAUAUAAUGAGAUGGUCCAGUUGAUUGCUUUUCUCCAAGUGUUCUUGAGAUCAAGGGGUGCCGAGAUAGACACCACUGAACUAGAGGACGCUCAAUUGAUCAAAGAGAUAGUUGAAUCAGUGAGUAUUAAACGCAUUGUAGAGCUUUCAUAUGAUUUCUCGAAGUCAGAUGUUUCAACUUUCGAGGAGCUAAUUGGAAAAGACAACACAGGUUCCUAUAUCGCAUUUACUAGCCCCUUGUCCAACAUACACAUUGAAAGUCUUGAUGAAGUGCUGAAUGAAAGUCCUAAACAUCAUACGAGUCCUUGCAGUGACUAUGAUAUUUGCUUAGAACUAACUAAUUCGACGGAACCUAUCGGCUAUACGGAGGAUCAGAAGUGUGUUGAUUUUAACCAAGAGAAGGAUACAUUUGGUUUGAAAUCUUUGAAGACAGGAAUUAAUGGGGUAUGCUCAGCAUCUGUGGGAAACUUAAAGAGGAAAGCUUUUCUUACUUCUAAACAACUAAGGUCAUGCCUGAACGGUGGAAUAACGAUUUCCUCGUCAAAAUCGUCUCAAUGUAAAAGGGCAGGCCUAGGUGAUGGUUGGCACAAACAAAAGGAGUGCAACCGUAGAAUUCCAACAAGCCCUAUUCAAAAUGCAGGGAGUAGUUCUCAGUUUAAAGAUUCUGGUGAAGGUAGCUUCAAACCCUCCGAGCUGUUGGAACAAGGAAACUGUGCAUACAAUAACAUGAACCCACACAUAAACCGUGGGAUGAGAGGGUGCACAGAAUGGCCUCGGCGUCUUACCAAAGACUAA